CUAAUAAGAAUAGAAAAACACAGGAACACUAGCGGCUUACAGGAUAACUGAAAUUUCGAAGAUCUCAACAUUAAUUUAAUCGCCCCUCUUAUUAGUUAUUACAAUACAAAUCAAAACCAAAAAACAGCUGACGCAUUUAAAUUUAUUUUUUCUGUUUCCAAUUCCGAUAUUAGCAAAGUUACAAAAUUCCUUUUUGUUCUUUAUAUUUCUCUCCAAAUAUCAAGAUUCUAUCACCAGUUCGAUUCAAUCUCUAAGGAUCAGCUUUACUGAUUUUCAGACUUGGUUGUUAAGUGAUUUCAAUGGGGAAUACCUCAUCAGUGCUCACUCAGUAUGAUAUAGAAGAGGUUCAAGGACACUGUCAUCAUUUAUUCUCUCAGCAAGAAAUAGUGUCUUUAUAUGAAAGAUUUUGCCAGCUAGAUCGUAAUGCUAAAGGAUUUAUCUCCGCUGAUGAAUUCUUGUCUGUGCCUGAGUUUGCGAUGAAUCCACUUUGUCAGAGGCUACUUAAAAUGGUGGAUGGUUUGAAUUUUAAGGACUUUGUGGCUUUCUUAUCUGCAUUUAGCGCUAAAGCAAGUACGGAACAAAAAAUAGGACUUAUUUUCAAGGUAUAUGACUCAGAUGGUAAUGGAAAAGUAUCUUUCAAGGACAUAUUAGAAGUACUUCAAGAUUUGUCUGGUUCUUUCAUGUCUGAUGAGCAAAGAGAGCAAGUGUUGUGCCAAGUUUUGAAGGAGGCCGGUUAUACGAGAGAAUCUUUCUUAAUGCUAGAUGACUUUAUCAAGGUUUUUGGAAAUUCCGGCUUAAAAAUGGAGGUUGAAGUUCCAGUUGAUUAAGCGAACUGGGCAGUCUUUCCGUACUUUUGAGAUGAGGGAUUGUACUGUAAACCCUCCAAAGAUGUCUUUUUUCUUUUGCUUCCUCUUGUUUAUAUCCUGAAAGCAAAAUGAAGGAUAAGCAAUACAUGUGUAUUGUAAUAAACUUCAGCUUAUUCAUAAAUAAUUAUCACCUUUUCACAAAUUUCAGAUGUAUAAUUUAAUUUUCUUAAUUUUUUUAUAACUAUGAUUUGGUGAAUGGUUUAAUAGUUACUUCCUAUUUGUACUCAUAGUAUGAUCAAACUUAAAUUUACCAGUUGCUUCGAGGUGAAGCAUAACAUACGGCUAAGCUUAUGGCCUAAUGAAGCCAAAUUUUGCCUCUGUAUGAUGAAAUAAGAAGCCAUCAGAAAUUGGUUCUAAUUGGUUUGUACAAUUCUUGAACUGCUACUUAUCUUUUAAUUACCCUGCCAUUGAUAACGUAAACACUUUCACUUUCUAGGGUUGAGACAUUCUCUUGGUAACUGCCUGGUAAUUUCCUAUAAAACCCCUCUCUUACUCUCUUGAUGAAAUAUUUUCAUUCGCCACGGGCGAUUAUAAAUCAUCAUAAUUGAGUUGAGGUAAAUUAAUUUUUUUAUAAAUUAUAUACUUAAAAAGAAUAUGAUUGGAUUUUCAAAUCAGAAAUGUCAAAUAUUAUGAAUAAUUCAUAAUAUUACGUUGCGAACUGGCGAACUGGGUUUUUACGUAACAAAUUUUCUACUUAAGGCACACACCAUAUUCUGCUAGUCUUCCUGACACUCUUUCUCCUUCUCUUUGAAGAAAAGCAAACUAAGGUUUUCAAUCAUGUUUUCUAUUUCAUUCAAUUCUGCAGUGUCAGGGAUUUCGGAACACGAAAAUUCCAGGAAACCUGAUGCCGAAAGCUUCAAUGUGUUGCGAAAACUUAAAGAAAUAAUGCAGAGCAAAGAAUUACAGAGUGCCUUGCUUAACAAGUUAGGCUUUUACUCCUCAGAACAGAAUCUCUCAGCUGUCAAGGAUUUAAAGAGUAGUUCAAGCGGUCGAAAGGCGAAACGUAUCGAUGAACUGAAACCGGUACAUGAAAUUCCACCGAUCAGAAAAGAUGUUCAAAGAAAAUUGUUAACAGAUUCAAAGGCUUCAAAUUCAAACGAGUUAGUGAAUGGAAAACAGGUUAUGGAGAGUAUUGAAAAUUAUCAGCUGAGGGAGAGAUUGAAGUUUCUUGAAGAAGAAAGCAAAAUAUUGAGGCAAGAGUUGGUUGAGCAAUUGGAAGAGAGAGAAAUGUUGAUGAAUGAGAUUUAUCAGCAUUUUCGUGUUAUAUACUAUUUUCUACAACUUGAAAAUCCAGAAUAUGCAGAGAGAUUUUCUGAUGUAUCUUUUAAUGAGGAUGGAGGACGAGGAACCGGUCCGGCAGAAGUUUUACCGGAAAACCAAAGGACCAAUAUCACGGCAUUGAAAGAAUCUCCAGAAGAAUAAACAUGGUUGCUUCUUUAAAAAGAUUGGUACUACAUAUUUGUAUAAGUACAGACAUUACAUACAUUACUUAUAAAGGCGUAUAAUUCAAAAGAGUUACAAUUUUUUUUCAUAUAUAUAUGAUUCUGAAUUAAAGAAUAUCGUUUUAAUC